AUGAAGGGGCCACGUAUGGGGCAAGGGCAUAAGAACCUGUCUUGUUCUGAGUCUGUUGUUGUGGAGAUGGAAGAGGGAUUUGGAGGAUCCAAUGUCACUUUACCUGCCCCACAAAAGCAAAAAAGAAAGGUGAACCCUUCAGUGUACCUUCCCCCUGCUUUGAAGCCUUCUGGGAGAAAGCGCUCCAAAGUGUUCUGUACCUACUUGCCGAAUAGCACGUUUUCUCAGAGGGGACCCUCCACAUCCAGGAUUCUGGAGGAUGUUGUUGAAAUCUCAGUGGAGAAUGAAAUUAUCCAAAAUCUCACAGAUCCAGUCAGAAUCCGAUUCCAUCACCAUGACAUCUCUGUGGAAGAGUCUGUGUCAUGUGUUUCAUGGGAUACGAGAAAAGAUGCUAAUGAGAUUAUUUGGAGAAAAGACGGCUGUAGGACAGUCAAGAUCAGCUCAACGGAGACUGAAUGCUGUUGUCAUCACCUGACGUACUUUGCUAUUCUUGUGCAAAUAGAGCAACGUUCCACAGUGCGCCAUCUACAGGCACUGACGUUCAUCACAGCUGUGUGCUGUGCUGUGUCCCUUUUCAGCUGUAGUAUUCUGCUCUUGUCCCUUUGUAGACAAAGGAAUGGUAAAGACAAGUCCUUGUCAGUUCACUAUGGCCUGGUGUUAGCCCUUUUCAUGCUCAAUCUGUUCUUCAUCCUGACGGGUGUGUUGGCCAGUGCGGGGAGUGAGGGGGUGUGUAGGGCCACAGGGGCCCUGCUUCACUAUGCACUCCUCUGCACCACCUGCUGGAUGGCGAUAGAGGUGUUUCAUGCCUUCUGGCUGGUCUACAUGGUGUUUAGCACUUCACCAAAUCCAAAGAUCUUCUACUUUGUGGGCUUUGGUAUUCCGGCUUUAAUAGUCUCUAUUCUGGGAUUCUCUUUGGAUAUUUAUGGCCAAAGGAAAAUUGUGCCAAAUGAAGAUAUCAACAAUCCUUAUCAAAUGUGUUGGCUGAAGUAUUCUGAUGCUGGCCUUCUGACUCACUAUAUUGCCAAUGUGGCCCCUCUGAUUGGUUUGAUGUGCUGUGGAUUCAUCAUGCUCUGUUUAGUUGUGAGAAAGGUGAAGGACAGGGACGAGUGGAGGAAGAAUCGUACGGCCUUCCUCAGUAUCUGGGGCCUCUGCUGUCUUUUUGGCAUCACUUGGAGCCUGAUCUUCCUGGACUUUGGCCCGCUCUCUGAUACGAUUCUUUUCCUCUUCUGUAUCAUCAAUGCCCUGCAAGGCUUUUUCCUCAUGUUGCGGUACUAUGUUCUUGAGCGGAUACGGAAGAGAACAUCUGAACUAGAACAAAGCAGCACAGGGUCCACAAGACAGCACAUGCUGCAGACUCAGGAAAAGAGUUGA